AUGAGCAGUCCGCAGAGUCCCUCUCCCCUCCGGUGGUUCAGAGCGCUGCGAAGGACCAGGCUGGGGGAGCCCUGUUUGAAGACAUACCCUCUGGAGUGUGAGGGUCUCCUGAGAAGGGCGAGAGUCACCUUUCAAGCUGGACACACCCUCAAAGAGAGUUUCAGAGUGGCACAGCUGGGGGCCGUGGUGCGGAUGCUGGAGGAACACGAGAGUGACUUUGUGGAUGCUCUUGGAAAAGACCUUCAUAAGCCAAGGUUUGAGGCAGUUGUGUCAGAACUUAUUCUCGUCAAGAAUGAGGCCCUGUAUGCCAUCAACAACCUUAAGAAGUGGAUGCAGCCGCAGCAUGUGGAAAGAAACCUGUCCACGACGUUAGACGAGUGUCUGAUGGUCAGUGAGCCGCUGGGGGUUGUGUUUAUCGUGGGGACCUGGUGCAGCCCUGUGGAAACGUGUCUGGUGCCUCUGGUAGGGGCCAUCGCAGCAGGAAACUGUACAAUCAUCAGCCCCUCUGAGUGCACCGCUCACACUACACAGCUCCUGCAUCGCCUUAUCCCCUUCUACUUGGACAAUGAAUGCUUCCAUGUGAUUCUUGCAGGCACACGUGACUUUCCUGAAGUUGUGGAACUGAAAUUUGACCAUGUCUUCUUUACAGGAAACAGGUCGGAAGGAACCAGAAUUGCUCAGGCUGCAGCUCGCACACUCACGCCUGUCACCCUUAUUUUGGGUGGAAAGAACCCGUGUUAUGUAGACCAAGACUGUGACAUUGACACCACGGCACAGCGCAUCGCCUGGGCACGUUUUCACAAUGCAGGGCAGAGCUUGGUGGCUCCUUUCUACAUCCUGUGCCACACGACAGUCACAGCACGACUGGUGCAGGCUCUGAAGUGUUGCCUCACGCAGUUCUACGGGUCUGAUCCCAGAGAGUCAAGCAGUUACGGCCGCAUGGUCAAUCUAGAUAUAUUCAACCGUACGAAGAACAUCCUGUGGAGAUCUGGCAAGGUGGCGGUCGGUGGGCAAGUGAUAGAAGCAGAAAAAUAUAUUGCCCCAACAAUUUUGACAGAAGUAACGGAAUCAGAUCCCAUCAUGCAACAGGACAUUUUUGGCCCAGUUCUUCCUGUUCUGACUGUGAACAAUGUAGAUGAAGCAAUUGCCUUCAUAAAUAAGCAAGAGAAACCCCUCUGCGUGUAUGCAUAUUCGAGCAACAGCAAGGUCAUCACAAGACUAAUGAGUGAGACUUCUAGUGGUAGCUUUUGCUCAAACGACAGCAUCCUUCAGAGUCUGAUGGUGGCUCUGCCUUUCGGUGGAGUUGGUGCCAGUGGAAUGGGUUCCUACCAUGGCCGCUACAGCUUUGAUACCUUCUCUCACAGGAAAUCAUGCCUGCUAAGAAGCACACGGUUUGAGUGUGUAACCUAUCUGCGUUAUCCACCCUAUGAGGAUCGCAAUCUGUCUCUCAUGACAUGGGCCAGCACCCUGUCCCAGAAGAGCCAGGGAUGGUGCCACAUCCUGUGA